AUGAAUCGUCAUGUUCAGGAUGAAGUUCACGCUCACUCCUUACGCGACCCCGAAUCUUUCUGGUCGCAUCAAGCAGACCAAUUACACUGGCAUAAAAAACCUUCUCGAGCUCUGAAGCUCUACAAAAGGACGCUUAGUGAUGGCACAUCGUACCAGAGCUACUCAUGGUUUCCCAACGGCGAAAUAUCAACCUCGUUCAAUUGUGUUGACAGGCAUGUCAAUGCUGGCAACGCAGAUGCCAUAGCCAUCAUAUGGGACUCACCUGUCACGGGCGCUACUGAGAAGAUUACAUAUGGCCAACUCCUCGAAGAAAUUGAAGUCCUGGCAGGGGUCUUGCGUGAAUCAGACGUCAAGAAAGGGGAUGUCGUCCUUAUAUACAUGCCCAUGAUUCCUGCCGCGCUCUAUGCAAUGCUGGCUGUCUCUCGACUCGGAGCAAUUCAUACUGUCGUCUUUGGGGGAUUCGCAUCAGCUUCAUUAGCACAACGCAUUGAUGGUUCAAAGCCAAAAGCCAUCAUGACAGCAUCGUGCGGCAUAGAAGGCUCAAAAGGGCCAUUGAGUUAUAAAACAUUGGUUGAAGGUGCACUGAAAAGGAGUGACUACAAGCCCAAGUGUGUCAUGAUAUGGCAACGCUCCCAAAUGCCAUGGGCCCCGCUCAAUGAGGAAGCGGGCGAAAGAGACUGGCAGAAGUUGGUCCAGAGCGCCAAAAGGAGAGAUAUCAAGGCAGAAGCAGUGCCUGUGAGGAGCAAUGAUGGCCUGUACAUCAUCUACACUAGCGGAACAACGGGUCAACCGAAGGGUGUUCUUCGAGAAGCUGGCGGUCAUGCGGUUGGACUCAAUCUUUCCAUUCGCCUUCUCUUUGGCAUUCGUUCUAGCGACGUGAUGUUUUGUGCAUCUGACAUCGGUUGGGUAGGUAAGUGUACUUCCGAAGAUCUCUUCUCAAAUGGUUCAGCUGACUCAGAAAUGCUCUUAGUCGGACAUUCAUAUAUUCUGUACUCGCCUUUACUCGCCGGCGCCACAACAGUGCUUUUCGAAGGGAAGCCAAUUGGUACCCCAGAUGCCUCAGCCUUUUGGCGAAUCGUUGCAGAGCAUAAAGUCAACACCUUAUUCACAGCGCCAACAGCGCUGCGUGCAAUCAAGAGGGACGACCCAAAGAACAAAUUUUUGGAGGAUGCUGGUCGACGAGGAGGCCUCAAGCAGCUGAGAGCUCUCUUUCUGGCUGGCGAACGCAGCGAACCAAGCCUUGUCCGGAUGUACCAGAGCCUCUUGGAAACAUUUUGCGCCCCAAAUGCACAAGUGAUCGACAAUUGGUGGUCAUCCGAGUCGGGUUCUCCCAUCACAGGCUUGGAACUUGAGGCUCAAGCUGGCAAAGACUUCCAUAGUCGAGGCACUUCCAAGGCUUUGCCAACCAAGCCUGGCGCCGCCGGAAAAGCAAUGCCAGGUUUUGACGUCAGAAUCGUUAACGACGAUGGGAAAGAAGUCAGCAAUGGCACUAUGGGCAACAUUGUUCUGGGCAUCCCAUUAGCCCCUACAGGCUUCACGACGCUGUUCAAUGAUGAGGAACGCUUCUACAAAGGCUACAUGAAGCGUUUCGAAGGCAAAUGGAUAGACACAGGCGAUGCCGGCGUGAUAGAUGAGGAUGGAUUUCUGUCGAUAAUGGCCCGCACUGACGAUAUUAUCAAUGUCGCUGCGCACCGCUUCAGCACUGGAGCCAUCGAACAGGCCAUCACGUCCCAUGCCUCAGUGACUGAAGCGUGCUGCGUGAGCAUUCCUGACGACUUAAAGGGCCAUCUUCCAUUUGCGUUUGUCACACUUUCAACGACUAAUCAUCCCAAUUCUGCAAUACCGGAUGAAAAACUGUACAAAGAAGUUCAGGCAUUGAUCAGAGAUCAAAUCGGGGCCAUCGCGGCGUUAGGAGGCAUGAUUCAAGGGAAAGGCAUGAUUCCGAGGACGAGAUCUGGGAAGACGUUGCGGAGAGUGCUCCGAGAGUUGGUGGAGAACGCUGUUCAUGGCGAUUUUGAAAAAGAGGUCCAAGUACCCGCAACAGUAGAAGAUGCAGCAGUGAUUGGGGUAGCCAGGUCGAAAAUUAAGGAGUAUUUUGAAGGCAUGGGAGGGAAACAUAAGGCGAUUGAGGCCAGAGCUAAGCUUUGA